AUGGGGAUGCCGGGUGCGUGCUAUCACGACCAUCCACCGUCGCAAUCCCAGCAACCACAGAGGCCGCUAGCGGGAGCCGCGGGAGAGGAGAUGCAGCGACACUCGCUGUUCGGCGGUGCGAUUCAAGCGGAUUUCGCGCCGCGAUUUGAGGACAUUAGCAACUUCCGAGAAGUUCCUAACAACCAGGAGGUGUUUGCUGAUGCCAGUCGGGAUGAGAGCAUAGUGAUCGAGCUGCUCGAGAUGAAGGCUGACGUGGCGGACGCUGAUUCGUCCAGGUGGUUCCUGGAGGAUCUGAUGCGCGAGCAGGAGGCACAGCCAGGCAGCGCUUUGGAAUCUGCUGCUCCUAUCCCCUCAACAGACUGCCCUCACGUGGACUCCUCUGUUUUCAAGAGCUAUGCUGUGGGCAGAAUGACUGUAUCCAAGGGUCGGCAAGGUGCCGAAGCUCUGAAUGUGGUCCGGGUCUACUUGGCCAAUCUUCGCCUGCGCAAUGUGCACACAGACGUGCUAAUAACAGUCAACGAGCCACUCUUUAUCAGUGAGCAGAGUGAGAGUGCGGCAGCAGCGGGGACGGCAGGAGUCACGCAGGCAGCAGAGCAGGAGGCUUCGGCAGGGGUGCUGGGAGCCACAGCCGGCGGGCAGGUGUUUCAACGGCUGCUUGCCUCCUUCCAGAUCAACGACUGGGGGCUGUUUGGCCACACGAGUAGGAGUGUUGGGAGGAAGUAUACGAACUGGGAGGCAGCAGCAGCAGCAGCAGCAGCAGCAGCAGCAUCAGCAGGAGGGAGGAAGCAACACACACGCAUGCAGCAGUGCAGGAGCAAGCUGCUCGACCCCCUCCUCCCCCCUCAUCAGCCCCAACUUAAGCCCCCGCAGCCGCAGAUCGACCUUCUAUUCCCGAAGCCACAUGGGAGGCCGUUCCUUCCUGGGAUUGGCCUUCCUUCUUCAGCCCAGCAGUCUCAUCUGGCCCUAUUCUCCGCCGAAUCCCCUCCCGCAUCUGACUCCUAA